GAGCAGCACAUUUCCUUGCUCCCCCAGAGCACAGCAUUGUCUUAGCUGGACAAUCAGAGCUUUGUUUUGACACCUCAGCAGUUGUCAGCUGUCGGGUGUUUUUGUUCAGAGGGUUCAGAGCCACCUCCCCGGGGCUCUGACGCCCCAACAAACGGCCCUUGUUACCACAUGACUGGUCUGAGCCUGGUUUUGGGAAGGGUUUCUGGGAGAUGGCUUGUGCUGCUGAAUGGUGGCUGUGUCAGAGGGGGAGAGUCAGGAACCUGUGUUGGUGCUGGGAUAAGUCAGCUGGACCUCUUCCAAAAUGCUGUUUGUGGAUAAGAAUUGUUUUUGUUUGGGUGUCACACAUCUGUGUUGGGAUAGAACACCAAGGUUAACUCCUGCCCACAGCCAGAGCGGUGGUUUUUUCUCCUCCUGGGGUGUGAGGAAUGGAUGGGGCUGUACCUGUGCUCUGAGAAAAGAUGAUUUUUUUUAUUUUUUUUUUAGGUGGAUUGGGUACAAAAUUGCUGUAUUGUACCCCAAAUCCUUCCCCUAAGAACAUCCACAGGUGCUUGAGCUGCCCUCGGCAGAGCCAAGGGGGGGUGAGCAGGCACCCAACUUCCUCAGCACCAACCUGUUCCAGAACUCUUGGCUUAGUGGGUGCCAGGGAUUUCACAGCCUCAGUGUGACACUCAUGGCUCUGGCUUUCUCUGUACCCCUGAUCCUGAGCCUUUUGCUUCCCAGGUUUGCUUUCAGGUUUAACUCCACACCUGGAGCAUCUGGUGCAGCCCAGCUGACACGUAAUUCCGAGGAUGGAAAAGCUGGUGGGGAACUGGUUUUCUAAGGGGCUAAAGGAGUCCUGGUCACUUGAUUAAGAAGAACCCCUCGGUUUAGGGAGCUUUCCUGUGUCCCACCGGGCACUUGGAUUGCACCUGAGCUGUGCUUAACCCAUCGAGGAGCAGUGAGGUACAGCCCAGCUCCAUGUGCUUGGAAGGCUGGAGCUGGUGCUCUCCCCGAAGGAAUUCCAGAAGCUCCACAGUCGGAGGCUGUUCUCCGGCCAAACUUAUCUUUGGAAAAACAACACAAACCAACCAAAAAAAUCUGGCAAAGCAUCUGAGCUGCCCCCGCUCGCUGACUUUGUGUCGAAGCCACUUUUAAACCCCGCAGCAAAGCUUUCCUUCCACCCCAAAGGUUAUUUCGCACAGCGGGGACCCGGAGUGGGGCCACACCAUGGCAACGUUUGUCAGUGAGAAGCUCAGCCGGCUCUUCGUUAACGUGAGGCAGGUCCCUCAGCUGCUGGGGCCCCUCUCUCCCUCCACCGUCAGCAGCUCCGAGGUGCCCAAGGUCUUCUGGAAGCCCUACAUCCACACCGGCUACCGGCCCGUCCAGCAGACCUGGCGCUACUACUUCUCCACCCUCUUCCAGCAGCACAACGAGGCCAUCAACGUCUGGACCCACCUGGUGGCAGCGCUGAUCCUGCUGCUGCGCUUCCAGCAGCUCUCGCGGCGGGUGGACUUCGGGCAGGACCUGCACGCCCAGCCCCUCCUCAUCAUCCUCGCGGCCUCCAUCACCUACCUGACGUUCAGCAGCCUCGCCCACCUCCUGCAGGCCAAAUCCGAGUUCUGGCACUACAGCUUCUUCUUCAUGGACUACGUGGGGGUUGCUGUUUACCAGUAUGGCAGCGCCCUGGGGCACUAUUACUACGCCAUCGAGCCGAGCUGGCACGAGAGGGUCCGGGGGUUUUACAUGCCGGCGGCCGUGCUCCUGGCCUGGCUGUCCUGUGCUGGCUCCUGCUAUGCCAAGUACCGGUACCACCAGUCCGCCCGGCUCCUGGGCCGGCUGUGCCAGGAGCUGCCCUCGGGCCUGGCCUACCUGCUGGACAUCAGCCCCGUGGUCCAUCGCAUCUGCACCGCGCCGCCCUCGGCGCGCCCGGACCCGGCUCUGCUCUACCACAAGUGCCAGGUGCUGUUUUUCCUCAUCGGUGCCUUUUUCUUCUCGCAGCCUUACCCCGAGAAGUGGUUCCCUGGCAAGUGCCACUUCUUCGGGCAGAGCCAUCAGAUCUUCCACGUGUGCCUGGUGCUCUGCACGCUGGCGCAGAUCGAGGCCGUGGUGCUGGACUACGAGUCCAGGCGGCACAUUUAUUCCGCUCUCCAGGGGGACCUGGCACACAACUUCUCUGCCCUUUGCCUCUUCACUGUGACCUGCUCUGUCCUCACAGCCGCCUACAUGGCCCGGAAGGUGAAGAACAAGCUGGGCUUCAAGGAAGAGUAAAAGCCCUGAAGGAGAAGCAGGUGAGCUCAGCCCGUGCUGGAUGAAUCCCGCCCCAAACCUUGAGAAGAGGAAUGAGACGCUUCAUGAACUGUUAUUCAGCAAGUGCUUUCUAUAGGAAGGGAAAGUAAAAGCUGCUUUUUUUUAUGCCUUUUUUUUUUUUUUUUAA